AUGAGACCUGCACCUGCCAUUGGGGUGUGGCCCAAGGCUGCUGAUGUUGCCAUCAUCUUGCAAGAGGGCAUUUUCGACAAAGACAUGGAUUGGUACGAGACACCACAACCUACAGGUGAGCUUAUCCACUUCACUUGCCACUACCAACUCUAG